UGGUAAUUAGCCAAGAUGGUGGAGUUUUUGUUUAUGUAGUUGCUCACGUGUAGAAACUAGAUGACGAUAUGGCUAAACGUGGCCAUGAUUACGACGAUGACCGUGAUCACCAGUACAAGCGACAUAGAGACGACGAUGAACGUGAUCACCAGUACAAGCGACAUAGAGACGACGAUGGCGGGGACGUGCCUGCUCUCCACAGCAUAUUUCAUGGAGAGAUUGCAUCAGUACAGAACUAUGGAGUCUUUGUGAAAAUACCAGGAUGCAGAAAACAAGGCCUUGUCCACAAGUCUCAGAUGUCAAAAGCCAGGGUGGAAGAUCCAUCAGAGAUGGUGUCGUUGAGGGAGCGUGUAUAUUGUAAAGUCAUCAGUAUUGAGGGGGAGCAUCAGAAGAUCGGUUUGUCCAUGAAAUAUGUCAAUCAGACAACAGGGCAAGACCUGGACUCCAACAACGUGCAGGGCAGUAUGGAAGACCGGAGGCGGAAGCAGGGCUUCUCCUCUGAACGGCCGAAGAUUGAACUGGGAGCCGUAUAUGACACAAAGUGUGCCAGAUGUGGGACUCGUGGGCACCUGUCCAAGGAAUGCUAUGGAGAAAGGGGAGGUAAGCAGUAUGACCUGAUCCCAGAUUUGGACAAGUAUGUACCAGACUCCCCAACCACAGCCCAGUCUGCAGAAAAGAAGAAGAAGAAGAAAAAGGAAAGGAAACAUAAAAAAGAGAAAAAAAACCAAAAGAAGAAGAAGCACAGACACUCUUCCUCCUCCUCUGACGAAAGCGACAGAGGUUCAAAGAAAAGAGAGAAGUCAAGCCAAAAAAAGGAAAAGCAUCGCCACAGCAGUGAUUCCUAUGACAGCUGAGUGACAUGUGACAACGUCAGUAUUUGAGAUGAUAUUGACAUUUAUACCUGAAAUCUACAACCUCCAAGGGUUGUGUAUUUCAAAAACACAUUCUGGGCGGAGUGAUAGCCCAGUGGUUAAAGCGUUGUCAUCCCGAAUUCCCAGGUUCUAUUCCUUACACAGGUACAAUGUGUGAAGCCCAUUUCUGGUGUCUUCCGUCGUGAUAUUGCUGAAAUAUUGCUAAAAGCGGCCUAAAAUGCAACUCACCCACCCAUCCUUCUACAUACCAGAAAGCUAUGAGUGUGGGUUUGGAUCCUGGCUAAUGCGUGUUUCUAGGUUUGUUAGCACCAUAUUUGUGGUUUCCCCAAAUUGGUGUAUGUCGGAGACCUGUGACCUGAUCAUGUGGAGCUUUCCUUCCACAUUAAACUAACAUGCAUAAUGUAGCAGUGUUCAAGGCAGCAUUAACCCAAGUCACACACUUGUCAGUCACGAUCUGACCUGUGUAUAUAUCGUGUUGAUUGACUUGUAAGUAGCAUCAGGUUAAAUCAUUGAAACUAACUGUUUGCUGUUUUCCUUCUUUGGACUGGUCCAGACUCGAUUAUUUACAGACCGCCACCAUAUAGUUGGAAUAUUGCUGAGUGUGGUGUAAAACUAAACUCACUAUUUGGGGUCCACCUCCAAAAAACACAAGUUACGCUUUUGCAUGUCUCGGAUGUCUUUCAUUUUGCAUAUCUCACUUAGAUAAACAAUAAACUAGUUUGAUGUGAAAA